AUGAAACGAUGGAUCUCAAGCGGAAAUGACGAAGAAAAGACCGAGACGACAUCUGCAGGGGAGGCGGAGGAACAGAUGAACGAGGAAGGCUCGCGCAAGUCGGGCGACCAGGAUGCACCACCACAGACGCGCGUCGCAAAGGGAUACAGCGAAGAGGAUGAAGAAGCUGGAACAGCCAAAUCAGCCUGGCAGACCAUUGCCGACAAGUUCCCGAGCUCGCCGUCACCCUCUGCCAUUGGCGACACUAUCAUUGACUAUAUUGUUCCGAACUGGGUUAAGGUUCUCCCUGGCUUCAUUCGCAAGUUGCAGAAUGAACUCUCAAUGGCACCGGGAUCGUUGGCAGAGGAGAUAUGGUACGAGGCAAACGAUCCCGAGAUCAACCCCGAGAUUAUAUGGGACGCCUCAGUGAGAGUCUCGGACGAGCUGUGCCAGGAAGAAAAGUCGUUUUUGGAAAAGAGGGCACAGUUCACCAAGGCAGCACUUGCGCGAUAUCUCGAUAUUCCGGAAGCCAAGAUACACCCAGACGACGUUCCUGUCAUCGCCAUGUGCGGAUCUGGUGGCGGACUGCGCGCUCUUGUCGCAGGUACAUCAUCGUAUCUCUCCUCCAAGGAACACGGCCUCUUUGACUGCGCCACAUACACGGCGGGUGUCAGUGGUAGUUGCUGGCUCCAGACCCUCUACUACUCAGAUCUUACUCAACGCAGCCACGCCAAAAUCAUCCGACAUCUCAAGAACAGGCUCGGUGUGCAUAUUGCCUUUCCACCCGAUGCGCUUGAACUUCUUGUCAGUGCGCCAACAAACAAAUACCUGUUGAGUGGACUUGUGGAAAAGGCGAAAGGUAUUCCUGACGCCGACUUUGGACUCGUCGACAUCUACGGCGCGUUGCUCGCUGCCCGCUUGCUCGUACCAAAGGGAGAACUCUCUGUCAGCGAGUAUGAUUUCAAGGUUUCCUACCAACGACGCUUUACAGACAACGGCUCACAACCUCUCCCAAUCUACACUGCCGUCCGACACGAGAUACCUCUUGCUGAACAGUCGGGAGAAACAGACCGGAUUGCUGCAGAAGCAAAGGCCAGGAGAGAGGCAUGGUUUCAGUGGUUCGAAUUCACUCCAUACGAGAUGUGGUGUGAGGAGCUUUCAGCCGGUAUUCCCACCUGGGCCAUGGGUCGUCGAUUCGAGAACGGAAGGACAGUCUGGCGCGAUAACGGUUUGGCCUUACCAGAAGUGCGCGUUCCACUUCUCAUGGGUAUCUGGGGAUCUGCCUUCUGUGCAACACUAUCACACUACUACCGCGAGAUCCGACCUCUCAUGAAGAGUCUCACAGGUCUGGGCGGCAGCAUAGACGCCAUGAUUGCCGAGCGCGACGAUGACCUCGUCAAAGUCCAUCCCAUCGACCCCGCCGCCAUGCCCAACUACGCCCUCGGCAUGCGCGAGUUCCUCCCCAAAACAUGUCCGGAGAGUAUUCAUGUACAAAAGAACUUCCAAUUCAUGGACGCCGGCAUGUCCAACAACCUACCCAUCUACCCACUCCUCCGCCCGGGCCGCAACGUAGACAUACUCGUCGCCUUCGACGCCUCCGCCGACGUCAAAACCGACAACUGGCUCAAAGUAACCGAAGGCUACGCCCGUCAACGCGGCAUAAAAGGAUGGCCCGUAGGCGCCGGCUGGCCCCCCGAUGAGGAGCCCAUCGAAGAGCUAAAAGAAGAUCUCGACCGCGCCUCAGCAAAGACCCCGCAACAAGCCCAAGAAAAGCUCGACGAAGCCCAAGACGCUGGCAGCACCCAAGAACCAUCGGCCAAAACCAACAAAAAGUCAAACGACCUCGGCUACUGCAACAUCUGGGUCGGCAGCACCGAAGAACGCACCCACGACCCCUCCGACAAUGCCUCCCCCUCCACCCCACCGUCCCCCACAAAACAAGCUACAGAAGACUGGGAGCUAAUGCACCCUUCCUCCGGCAUAACCGUAAUCUACUUCCCCUUCCUCGCCAACCCUAAAGUCCCCAACGUCGAUCCUAAAGUCAGCGAUUUCAUGUCAACCUGGAACUUUGUCUACACGCCCGAGCAAAUCGACUCCGUUGUCGAGCUCGCACGCGCGAACUUCGAUGAGGGUGCUGAGAGAACGAAGAGAACAGUUAGGGCCGUGUAUGAGCGGAAGAAGGCGUUGAGGGAGCAGAGGGAGAAGGAAGAGAGGGAACGGCGGUGGAGGUGGAAGAUGAGGCAGGGGAGGAUUGCUGGGAGGAGGGUUGGGGGUGAGGAGGGGGGUGAUCAGUUUAGUUAG